AUGCCGGUCAUAGAUGUAGAAAAUAUGACGGACCUGGAUAAGGCAAAAAUGGAAGUAACCCAGCUCAAAACUGAGGUGAAGCUUGAAAGGGCGAAGGUGUCUAAAUGCUGUGAAGAGAUCACAGAGUAUAUUCAAGGAGGAGCAGAUGAAGACCCUCUGGUCAAAGGCAUUCCAGAGGAGAAGAACCCGUUCAAGGAGAAAGGCGGAUGUGUCAUUUGCUAAAGUGGACAGAAAAUCCCCUAACAUUCGCAGUUUAGUGUUCACUGCUGCCCAUGGACACCUGCUAAAACAUAAUCCUAGCUGGAAUUCGUUGCCCGAAAAAGGACAUUCUCAAACACGGAUAGACGUUGGUUAACUCUAAAUGGCUUUUUUCCCUCCAUUGUUAAUGAAUAUUCGGGAUUUGGACCCACAUAUGUUGUG